AUGGAGCUUCGAGUUUCGGUCGGAGCCCUCGUCGGUGCGGAGGACGAUGUCGAUGAUGCGGAGGGUGUUCGGGUCACAGACAAUGCCCAGCAUCUCACAGACCUCGGUGCCAACCCAUGCGGCGGAGAUGGCGCCGCCCAUGGAUUUCGUGAGGGUUGUUAUUGCUGCAAUGUCGCUGGAGGCUGUGACGAAACAUCUCCUAGGAGUAAUGAGAAGCAAGAUGCUGAGAAAAUGGAAACAUACGUUAAUGCAGAAACAUCAAACAAUGUCUUACUUUAUCUCUCAGCUUAUAUGACGCGUGCCAUCCUGAGUCUUGAAAGAAAUGGCCAUGACGCAAACAAGGAUGAAUAA